GUAACCAAACUUUGAUGAUCGAAGUUGUGUUGAAAUUUUCGUUAAGUGCAGACAGAAGCGCGAGAAAGAUUUCUCAAACGAUUCAUCUCUGAUUGGUUAACACAAAUGAUACCAAUACUUCAAAACUUGAUAUUUUAUACUGCUCAAACGAAAAGUUUCUACCCACUACUUAGGCUUUGGAUGUGACAAGAUGCUGCAUAGAAUAAAAUGUUCCAAGCAGCAGAAUCUGAGUAUGUCUCCUAAUGUAAAGAUUGCUGGAUGAAUUCUUUUAUCAAAGCAAAAAUUAAUGCUGCUUCUAGUCUGCUCCCCAACAGCAUUAAUAGUGAACAAAGUGAUUCACCGAUGAGGGUACGGAUUAGCCUCAAGCUGCUGCUGGUCGUUUUUACCAUAGUUGUUAUUUUUACCACAUUUUCUUAUUGGACAAACUGUGGAACAAUUGUCACUUCUACUGAGAAGCAGUGGCAUAUAAAUGAACCUUGCAACAAACAGUCAGUGAAAAAAUCCGAACCCUCAAGUGCAGAUUUCUUCCGCUUGGAGGAAAAUGAAAUAGAUGAAGAUUUACCUGAUGGAGAGCAACAUGUUAAUUUAAGAAGUGAGCUUAGAGCGCUGGAAGAAAUAGAGUGUUCCAUAAACGAUGAAUAUUCUGUUUCGUGCAGACAGGACAAUGGAGAAGUUUAUGUUCCAUUCUCAUUCCUUCACAAAUAUUUUGAAGUUUAUGGAAAGAUAGUGAAACAUGGGGGUGUGGAUAAGUUUGAUUGGCAACACAGUUAUUCUAAAGUAUAUUUUCCCAAGCAAAAGUAUGAUCCAAGCAGUGUAUUUCUUUGGUUUGAGAAUUACAAUGUUGAAGUACGAGAUCGAGUAAAGUGCAUCAGUGGCAGCGAAGGUGUUCCGGUAUCAACCCAGUGGGAUACUAGAGGCCAUUUUUAUCCAAUUCAAAUUGCUCAGUUUGGCUUGAGCCAUUUUAGCAAAAACCUAACUGAACCACCCCCUAUUUCUAUAUUUUUGGAAGAUGGGGAAACUACUACUCAUAGUAAAUGGUUACAUUCUCAACACAGUGGAACAAGCCUGAGAAAGGUUUUUGAUACUGUAGCUGGAAGCACUGUUUUGGAAUUUAAGACUAAAGGUGCUGACAAAGAAAUAUUAUCAAUCGAUGAAGGUAUAGAAGAAGUAACUUUGUCUUGUGAUUUAAUGUUGAUAGCAAAUGCCAGUUUAACUGUCAUAUUACAUAGUCCUGGGGACCACACAUUGUAUAAAAUUCAUUAUAUUAUGUCCGACGUGUUAUUGUCAUUAGUUGACUCUGAAGUUUAUUAUGGAAUUGGAACUAAUGCUCAGUGGAAAACAUUAACAAGAGAUUUGGUGAUCGACCUUAAUAAAGGUUUACCAUCUGUACAAAAUAAAAGAAAAAUAGCGAAACCUCGGAAUUUACGAGUCCAUUCCAUUGUAUUAAAUGGUUUUGGAAGAAUUGAUAAUAUAAGUUUGAGUUCCACCGCUCAUAUGGCACAUUUUUUUGCUGCAGCCAACUGGUUAGUGAAUCAUCAAGAUAAAAAUGGUGGUUGGCCAAAUAUGGUGACUCGUAAAUUAUCUAAUGGUAUGUUAGAACUUGCUCCUGGCUGGUAUUCAGCUAUGGCACAAGGUCAAGCGAUGUCCUUGCUAACUAGGGCAUUUAGAGUAACUGGUGAUCUUCAUUAUUUAGAGGCAGCUUUGCAUGCUAUAAAAUUAUUUAGUAUUCGUUCUGAACAUAGAGGAAUAUUAACCACGUUUCUAGGAAAAUAUGUGUGGUAUGAGGAAUACCCCACAAUUCCAAGCUCAUAUGUGCUCAAUGGUUUUAUAUAUUCUCUCUUUGGAUUAUAUGAUGUACAACAAAGUGGUAAUCAUCAACUUUGUCAUGAAGCUGGAAAACUCUUCCAAAAUGGACUUGUGUCACUUAAAAAAAUGCUGCCUCUGUUUGACACAGGUUCAGGUUCAGUAUAUGAUCUUCGUCAUUAUUCGCUUGGGAUUGCACCCAAUUUAGCUCGUUGGGAUUAUCACAGCACUCACAUCAAUCAGCUUCUGUUCCUCAGCACCAUCCAUAAUGAUCCCCUGCUAAAAUCUGUAUCUGAUAGAUGGACGGGAUAUAUGAAGGGAAAAAAGGCACCACACAACUGAUGAAUUUAGUCUAUUUAAGUAUGUAAUAAACAUUAAUCUUGCCAUGUAUUUUGUAUAGAAACUUGUUGGAUUAGUAGAAAUUUUAACUAAUAUCAUAGUCUUUAAUUAUCCUAUCUAUUUUAGCAAUUAUCUUCAUUGUGCACUUGUAAAAUUUACUGUAAUAUGUGAAUAUAAAGAUAACCUUUGUUGUUAUUUUUAUUGCAAAAACACUUUUGUAAUUUAAAACAGAGGCGAUUUUUAUAAUUAAAUAUUCAAUUACAGUAAAACAAAACGGGUUUUUGAAUUCAGAGAUGCUGUUUAACAAACUAGUUUGCAUUUUUUUUUCUCUUUUUUUUUUACGUGAAAUAAUGUUUCAUUAUAAUUUUUCUUUUCCAAGGUUAAUACUGAUACAGAGUUUAGCACUUAUAUAUGAAAUAACAAAACAUCAAAAUCAAUGUUAUGCAAAAUUAUCAUGUUUUUUGAUUUAUUGACACUCUUAAAAAUAACUCUAGAUCCGUCCAAAAUCAAACUUUUAUUAGCAAUGACAACCUCAUCUAUAGUGCCAGAAGUUCGUCACCAGGAUUUAUUUCAAAGCGUUUACUUUUUAUAGUCUAACGUAUCGAUAUUCAUUUUUCAAUAAUGAUAGUAUAUUUGUUUUCCCAUUAACUUAUAUCUGCUGUGGGGAAUAUGGAGUACUGUUAUAUGGAAAGCUUUUAAAAAAGGCUUCUUAGUGGUGGAUUCAAUCCAGUUGUCCUGAUUUUGAAUUGUUAGCAAUUUUAUGGGUUCCUUGACUUUUUUAAAAUUAAAAUGUAAGUUUCUCUUUUCUAUGAGGUUAAGGGAUGUCUCUAAAUGAUGCUCUGUGAACUUUUGUUUUAUUACUGGAAUGAAUUUAUUGAACACUUGAUUCUUCACGAAAGAAAGUUUACUUUUAACUAGUUAUUUUAAAAUACUUGACUAGUGUAUUACCGUUAUUAUUUAUUUUAUUAUGAAUUAUUCGAGCAUAUAUUUAAGUCUUUUGUUGGUUGUAUAAAAUAUGCAGAUAUAUUUGAAAUAAUUGUUAUUAGAAAACAGAAGUGUAUCUUGUAUCCCACUGUUCUUUAUAGUAGCAAUUAAAAAAAGUGACUGUUUUUCUGUUAUUAAGUAUAUAUGUGAACAAAUUUUUAAAUAUGUGAAAAUAAAAGAAGCUGACGAGAAUAUUCAAAAAUAUUAUCAAGCAAAAAAAUCGAAAAUAGCCAACGUAACUUUCUUCUUUUUGUUAAGUGAAAAUGUAAUGUAGUGAAAUAUACUAUUCCAAUUUCUUUAUCAUGUUUACCUUGAAUAUGAAGCUUCCUCUUAAAAAUUUUGGAAAUAGCCUUUCUGUUGAGAAAGUGUUUAUAAUUUUACAUUUAAAAAUUGAUGAUAAAAUUUUUAAAUAAUCGCUUAACUCCAUUAAUAUAAGCCACGUUUCAUAUUACUUUACAUUUAAUCCGAAAAUUUUAUUUUCUUAAAGUUUUUAUAAAUUUUAAUUACUAUGUGAUACAUCAGAUUUUGCAUUAUUUUAAAUAGAUUGAAGGUACAUAAAAUUAAU